AAUUUGAGGUUCAUUUAAGCUGAAUUUCAUUUGGGAGAGCUUCCUUCUUUUAAACAAGAGGGCGGGUACCUCAGCCAUUGAGAGAAUCUGUUUAUCUGUUUAAGACAGGGAAAACGACACACACAGAAUUCUUUUCCUUUCAGUUCAAAGAAGGCAAUAGAAAAUGGCGGAAAGUGAGGAUAUUCAGCCUCUUGUCUGUGACAAUGGAACUGGAAUGGUCAAGGCUGGUUUUGCUGGAGAUGAUGCUCCGAGAGCUGUAUUCCCUAGUAUUGUUGGCCGCCCUCGUCACACCGGUGUGAUGGUUGGUAUGGGCCAGAAGGAUGCAUAUGUAGGAGAUGAGGCUCAAUCGAAGAGAGGUAUUUUGACUCUGAAGUACCCAAUUGAGCAUGGUAUUGUGAGCAAUUGGGAUGACAUGGAGAAGAUCUGGCAUCACACUUUCUACAAUGAGCUUCGUGUUGCCCCAGAGGAGCAUCCAGUUCUCCUUACAGAAGCACCUCUCAAUCCCAAGGCCAAUCGUGAGAAAAUGACUCAAAUUAUGUUUGAGACAUUCAACACUCCAGCUAUGUAUGUAGCUAUCCAGGCCGUCCUUUCUCUCUAUGCAAGUGGUCGUACAACUGGUAUUGUUCUUGAUUCUGGUGAUGGUGUGAGUCACACAGUUCCCAUCUAUGAGGGUUAUGCCCUUCCACACGCCAUCCUGCGUUUGGAUCUUGCAGGCCGUGAUCUCACAGAUGCCCUGAUGAAAAUUUUGACUGAACGUGGUUACUCUUUCACAACUACAGCCGAGCGAGAAAUAGUGAGGGACAUGAAGGAGAAACUGGCCUAUAUUGCUCUUGACUAUGAGCAGGAGCUGGAGACAGCAAAGACCAGUUCAUCUGUCGAGAAGAGCUAUGAGCUGCCCGAUGGCCAGGUGAUUACCAUUGGUGCUGAACGAUUCCGGUGCCCUGAAGUUCUCUUCCAGCCAUCCAUGAUCGGGAUGGAAGCUGCUGGUAUUCAUGAAACCACAUACAACUCUAUCAUGAAGUGUGAUGUGGAUAUCAGGAAGGACCUCUAUGGCAAUAUCGUCCUCAGUGGUGGUUCCACCAUGUUCCCUGGCAUUGCUGAUCGAAUGAGCAAGGAGAUUACAGCUUUGGCUCCAAGCAGCAUGAAGAUUAAAGUUGUUGCUCCCCCAGAAAGGAAGUACAGUGUCUGGAUUGGAGGUUCCAUUUUGGCUUCCCUCAGUACCUUCCAACAGAUGUGGAUUGCAAAGGCAGAAUACGACGAGUCUGGACCGUCAAUCGUUCACAGGAAAUGCUUCUAAUCAUGAAGAUCAAGAGGUUGACGAAGAACUCACACUACACAUUUUGUAUUACAGAGAGGCUUCUAAUUAAGUGGCUGCAUAAUCUCCUUCUCUAUUUAUUUUCAAUUUUUCAUUCAUGUUUCUUUUUUUUGCUUUGAACCUUUCAUUCAUGUUUAUUUUUCUUUCGUCCUCUUUUACUAUGUUGGGAAAUUGAGCAAAUUGUUAUUAAGAUUAUUUGUUCCUUCAUUGAUAUGUAGAAAAGUUGUGUACUCUACUCAUUUGGUUUGGUCGAAUCGAAAAUUCUUUCUAUUA